UUUGGACAUCCAGAAGUUUAUAUUUUAAUUUUACCCGGAUUUGGGUUAAUUUCUCAUGUAAUCUUUAAUGAAAGUGGGAAAAAAGAAACAUUUGGAAAUUUAGGAAUGAUUUAUGCAAUAUUAGGAAUUGGAUUUCUAGGAUUCAUUGUUUGAGCUCAUCACAUAUUUACAGUAGGUAUAGAUGUAGACACUCGAGCUUAUUUCACUUCCGCAACAAUAAUUAUUGCUGUUCCUACAGGAAUUAAGGUAUUUAGAUGAAUAGCAACAUAUUAUGGAGUAAAGAUUAAAAUAAACCCUUCUAUUAUAUGAUCACUAGGAUUUAUCUUUUUAUUCACUACAGGUGGACUUACAGGAAUUAUAUUAUCAAAUUCAUCAAUUGACAUUAUCUUACACGACACGUAUUACGUUAUUGCUCAUUUCCACUAUGUUCUAUCAAUAGGAGCUGUUUUUGCUAUUAUUACAAGAUUCAUUUAUUGAUUUCCCGUUUUCACCGGUUAUUAUCUAAAUUCUAAACUACUUUAUAUGCAGUUUAUAUUUAUAUUUAUUGGGGUAAAUUUAACAUUUUUCCCUCAACAUUUUCUUGGUUUAAUAGGAAUACCACGACGAUAUUCGGAUUACCCUGACUCUUAUUAUUGUUGAAAUGUUAUAUCUUCAAUCGGAGCUAUUAUUUCAUUAAAUAGAUUAAUUUUACUUAUUUAUAUUAUUUUAGAAAGAUUAAUUUUAAAACGAAUAAUUAUUUUUAAAUAUUUUCAAUCUUCACUUGAAUGGUUACAAACUUAUCCUCCUAUAGAUCACUCAUACAAUGAACUUCCAAUUAUAAUAAAUAAAAAUUUAAUGUAAUUAAAUUUAAUAUGGCAGAAAAAGUGCAAUGAAUUUAAGAUUCAUAAAUAAAAUUAUUUUUUAUUAAAAAUUUCCCAUUGAAAGAUAAUUUCAUUUCAAGACCCAAAUUCACCUUUUGCAGAUAAUUUAAAUUUAUUUCAUAACUUUACUAUAAUUUUCAUAACUACAAUUGUUACUUUAACAUUUAUAGUUAUAAUUGAUAUUUGUUUAAACAAAUUUACUAAUCGAUUUCUAUUAAAAAAUCAUAAUAUAGAAAUUAUUUGAACAAUUGCUCCUAUUUUAAUUUUAAUAAUUAUCGCUUUUCCUUCAUUAAAAACAUUAUAUUUUAUUGAUGAAAUUUGAAACCCAACAUUUUUUACAAUUAAAUCUGUAGGUCAUCAAUGAUACUGAAGAUAUGAAUAUCC